CAGAGGGACAAUUCAGCCGAACGUCGGAUGGACAACUUUCAUAUCUGAAGUUUAAAACACACAAGAGAAGAGAGGAAUUAACCAACAGGAGGACCGUGAUCCUCAGCACCAAGAGAAGGGGCGAGAAGGACCACUAAUUGCUCCAUGAAGAAUCGGGGGCCAUGGCUGUGAUGGAGCUCCGUCUCCUGGCUCUGGCUGUGUGGGUUUGCGUGGGAGUGGAGCUCCAAGUUCAGGGCGACCAGAUGAAGCCAGCACGGGCACCUCUGAUCCCCAACCGGCCUUUCGUCGUCGUGUGGAACGCUCCCACUGAGUCCUGCCGCCUUCGAUUCAAAGUGGACUUGGACCUUAGCGUUUUCGACAUCGUAGCAAACUUGAAUGAAACCCUAAGUGGACCAAACGUCACCAUAUUCUACCACAGCCAUUUGGGAUACUAUCCAUACUUCUCCAACUCUGGGGAUCCUAUCAACGGUGGACUACCGCAGAACCAGAGCAUCUCAAAACACCUGAGCAAGGCCCGCUCGGACAUUGACAAGCUAAUCCCCCACAAGGACUUCAGAGGCCUGGGUGUGAUCGACUGGGAAAACUGGAGGCCUCAGUGGGUCAGAAACUGGGGCUCUAAGGACAUCUACCGCAACAAAUCCAAGGAACAGAUUCGGAAACUUCACCCGAACUGGCCGGAGAGCAAGGUGGAGAACGAAGCCAAAGAGAGUUUUGAGAGGGCUGGGCUUGCAUUCAUGAAUCUGACCUUGGCGUUGGCUGAAGGUCGCAGGCCAGACGGGCUGUGGGGUUUUUACCUGUUCCCGGACUGUUACAACUAUGGAUACAAGCAGCACCCACAAAGGUACACCGGUGAGUGCCCCAACAUUGAGCACGUCCGUAACGACCAUCUGAUGUGGCUUUGGAAGGAGAGCACGGCCCUCUACCCGUCAAUCUACCUGGACUACGAGCUCAAGUCCUCCCCCAACACUGUCAGGUUCGUCCACUACAGAGUCAAGGAGGCUAUGAGGAUUGCGUCCAUCGCUCGUACAGACUUCACGUUGCCUGUGUUUGUCUACUCCAGACCGUUCUACGCUUACACCUUUGUGGUUCUCUCAGAGAGUGACCUGAUUCACACGAUUGGGGAGAGCGCUGCACUGGGAGCAUCAGGUGUUGUUCUGUGGGGAUCAUCAGAGUAUGCACGGACACAGAGAAAUUGCCUGACAGUGAAGAAGUACAUCGACGGUCCUCUGGGACAUUACGUCAUCAACGUCACCUCUGCCGCCAAGCUGUGCAGCAAGGCACUCUGCAAAAAGAAUGGCAGGUGUGUACGCAAAAGCCUCGACUCGGGCGCUUACCUGCACCUGAACCCGCGCUUCUUCCACAUCCACCAUAACCCGGCACCCAGGGGCCCCCGCUUCCAAGUCAGAGGUCACCUCAACAACCACGACAUCCUGGACAUGAAGCACAAGUUCACCUGUCAGUGCUACCAGGGCUGGACCGGGGUUUACUGCGAGAUGCCUCAGACUCCAUCACGUCUUCCUCCUCCACCUCAGCCCGCCAUCCCUCUGCCUCACCCACGGGAGCACAGCCUGCUGGGAGAUAUCCUGCUCCUCCUGUCCCUCCAUUUCUCCUGUCUGUGUGUCAUCAUGUUCCUGGGACUCUGUCUGAUUAUAAAGUGUCUGAUUCUGUAGACACCAAGACUUCAUUUUGGGACUGAAGAGUUGUUGUUGAGAUAACAAUAAAGAUCUUUAGAAGGAGAAGCUACAAUUAAAUGUGUGACAUUGUGCUCUGCAGUUCCUCAAACGUCCACUAGGUGCUGCUCCAAGAAAACUGCUGUGAAAUGUGUCGGGAAACACUCAAACUUUAGAAUUCAAACAUCAACAAAUACAGUCAUGUUUUUGUGUAUAGGUCACCUUAUGUUUGUCUCUAGGAAUUUCAAUAAAAGAUCACAUUUGCACCAUUUUGCUUUUUUAAAAUUGCUCUACCAGGGAAUAAGUCCUGUAAGGCCCAUGUCCACCUAACGUUUUUUUUUCUGAGCGCAUGCAUCUUUUUAAAAUCGUUAUCAAAGAGUAGAGAGCAUUUGGAUCAGCAGGCGGCGCCCCAAAGAAAAAACGCAGCUCCCAGCGUCCUUUUUGUGCGGUUAAAGUUGAAAAUCUUUCCUAUUGAGUGUGUUAUGUGGACUUGAGUGUCCCGGUUCUGAGCCUUAUCCUGGUUUUCAUCAUCAGGGUAAUGGUGUUUAUAUACACACAGAGAAACCUGGUUAUUCAUAUCCCUGUAUGCAUGACAAAUACAAGUAUGCCCCUUUCUGAUUUCUGCACCUUCUUGGUGCAGGCGCCAGUGAUGUUUAUUUUUUUACAACAAUGUGGCAUUUGGAUGCUUCUCCCAUUUAAAUUUACAAUUAUAUUUAUUUCAUUUAUUACCUAGAGAAUCCAAUCUGGAGUUUAUUUUGUUGGGCAAAAGCACAAAAUAAAUAUUAUUCUCCUUUAAAACAAUAAGUAAAUCAAGUGAGACAGUUCUGUCAUAUUACAGUCACACUCAUUUGUCUCGUGUUGGAUAAUGACUGUAAUGAGGCUGACUUCACAGACGGCUCUUCAUCAGCCUGCUGACAGUUGGGUUGUGAUGGAGAAAGUCAGCCAGAUGAGUCACGGCGAGCUGCUGUAGGCGGUUUAACAAUAGUCCCAGGAGAAAGGGAGGAACAAACACAGCUCAGGGGGGACGUGAGGAGGGAGGAGACGUUUCUGUAGCUUCAUGAUCCAUGUCUGUUGAGUAUGUGAGGAUUACAGAAAGUGCUAAAGUCAGCCAAAUUAAAGUCUUAACUUCACUUUAACAGAAGCUUUAGAGUUGUAGAACUAAUCUGCAGCUGCUGCAGGAUCAGAGAGCUCCUCCAUAUCAAUGUUUACACUUUAAAUUUAAAGGUCACAUAUUCUCCUCCUCUUCAACCAGUUUAAAUAAGUCUCAGAUCUCCCUAAAACAUGUGUGUAAAGUUUCUUGUUCUAAAUCCACUCUGAUCCUGUAUUUGUUCAUGCCUAUAAACCCCUCUAUUUCAGCACUGCUCAGAACAGGCUGUUUCUGUGUCUGUACCUUUAAAUGUAAAUGAGCUGUGUCUGACCACGCCCCCUCUCUGGAAGGGCUUGGGUGUCUUGGGCUUUCUCGCUCCAUGUCCUAUUGUUUACGGUGAGAAGGCAGACUCAGAGGGCAGAACAAACACCUAGCUGUGGGAGUGUCACCCACAUGGGGGAGGGGUUACUGCCCUUUGUGAUGUCAUGAAGGGAAAAUCUCCAAACAGCCUGUUUGAGCACACAUUUUCUGAAAAGUGGAGCAGGCAAAAGAUGGAGAGGGUGGACUUUUCUCAUCAUUGGGGGGUUUGUAGACAGACUGGA